GCGCUAAAUUAAUUAGAGCUACCUCAGAGCACAUACCUCACUUCCUUUAUCAUCUUACUAAUUAACACCUUAGAAUCGAUAAUUAACAGUCGAUGUUAAUUAACGAAAUUGCAAAAGCUCCGAAACAUCAAUUCCAGUUAAAUGAGUUCGAUAUAAAAACAACUUAAAUUAUGAAACGAAGAUCAAACUGUCUGAAGUCGUUAUAUUACUGAGAAAUAGUGUGGUUGAAAGCAAAUCGAUCAUUAAAGGAAGGGAUCCAAGCUAUCAAGCAUAAACGGGUUACAGCAAAUCAGUUAAAAAUGCUAAUAAAAUGCACCGUUUUUGUUUCCAUUUUGGUGGCUUUGCUCUCCACUGGCUCGAUAGCGUUGCCCGUGCGGGAAUCAUCAAGAGACGUAGAUAACUCAACGUUACAGGAAAUGAUGACCAGUGUUAACGAUACGCCAAAAAACCUCUAUGUUGUGAAAGCUGUUGUUUAUGAAAUUGGAAUAUUAACGGAAGUCGAUGACAACGAAACCAGUUUCGAAAGUCAAGAACGAGUGGAUUUAACUUUCUAUGACACCCAUUCUAAUCAGAGCCAUAUUAACCUUGGUAAUGUACCUCUACCGAUUCAAACGAAUAUAUCAGGACAAGUACUUACUGGUAUCGCUCCCGUCAAUAUUGGUGCAUUUAGCAGUCCUACGGAACUUUUGGAAACGUUGCCCUUAACAGGAACUAUUGUUAAUAUAACCCACAGCAACACAGCUUAUUACCAACUCAGCAAGUCAAACAUAAGUGACUCGUUAAAGCCUCGUAUAACGGAUGUUGGCGAUUUGACAAAUGUGUCCAACCUCUUCCCAGUUGUGAGCGAGGAGCCCUUGCAAUAUCCAGUUACCACUAGCGAUAAGACAAAUUCUGUGGAAAGAUAAAAGUAGUAAUAAUAUAAACGGUUUAGCUUAUUUUUCCGUUAGACUGUCGUAAUAUAAAUUGUUUAUAUAAAUAUUUAGUUUAAGCAAAAACUGCGACAUGUUUUACUUUUUUAUUAAGGACAGUAUAUUUUACAUACUUACUCUCGACUUUCGACUUUCUAAAGUGAAUAAUCUUAUCAAACUCAAAUCAAGAAGGAGCAAAAUAUUUGAGAAAUAUCUUUUCAAUUUUUACUCAUUAAUAAACAUAUGUACAUUUA